AUGUUUGAAUUUGCUUUGUUGACCUUUGGAUACCUACUGUAUUCCCAACAUUACAUUACAUCACAUCACCUGCCCCUCGCUGAUGUAUGUUUUACUUGUCUGGCUCGUCUUUGGUUUGGCGCAUUUCCCCCUCCUCUCCCCCUCCUCCUUGUUUGUCUGGUCGGCAUUUUGCUUCUUUGAUGCUGGUUGUGAAAUGUUAGCGUCGACCUCCAUCUUUAGCAUCCACCACUUUCAACCUCAGAAGAAGUCAUUCAUUCGCCAGAUGGCGCCGGAUUACGCUAACCUUCAGGUAGACAGACUUUCUUUUGUUUUGACUUUGCAUCACCCCAUGCGAUCGUGCUCCGAUUGGUACGAUAGCCCAGAGACGAAUAAACGAUUGACGCCAAAAGAAUUGCGUACACACCCCACUCAGUCACUCACAUUCACUCACCUCCUGGUCCAACAAAUCAGUUCCCACUCUACCAGAGUCUCUUCUCACCUUCUUGCUGAUGCACACAUACAAACUUUGCGUCAACGUAUCUGCAUCCAGUCUGGGGGAGGUCUGUGGUUAGAAUUUAAAGUAAAGUGAGUUUUAAUUCGGGUCGGACAGAAAAUAAGUUGUUAAAUUAUCUGUGUGCGUCAAGUUCUGUACUGCCGAGUAGUACUCCGUACUGGGGGAGGCUUUGGUCGUGUAAGGUCCAAGGUUGCUUCAUAAAUAAAUAAACUUUCGCUUCCCUU